AGUCACAAUCAAAGGUGGGCGGUCAGGGUACUGACACCGGCGCGUUUGCUUUGGUGCUCAGUUCGCUUCAGUCAAGCGUUGGCACAAAAUGCUGAGAACAACGGUGCUCUUUCUGCUUCUCUCGCUGGCCGCAAUCCAGGCCAAAGAUGAUUUGGACUGUGAAACUGCAAAGGAGUCGCUACAACGCAGUUUUGACGUGUUGAGCAUCAGUACCAGGGAGCUCGGCCGACAAUGUCGCGAGGAAAAGCGAGAAUGCGACAAGAAAAUGAGAGAAUUCGCCAAAUUACAAGAUGAUUUUGAUACUUGUGAAAUCGAUAAGAGUAAUAUGGGAAAUGAAAUUGUAAAUUACGCAGCGAGCAUAGACGAAAUCAGUUCAGCACUUUACAGAUGCAACAUGAAACUGGAAGAGGAAGAGACGGUAACUCAAAAUUCAGACAUCUUGGAGUUUGAAGAGAAUACAACGAGGGAAAAUGAAGCGUUGACUGCAGCAUUGGAGUCCGCACGGCACGAAGCAAGCGAGCUGCAGCAAAAGCUGGAAAACGAGAUCGCUAGCAAAGACGGUUUGCUAGAGCAAAUAAAUGCGUUGAAUGAAAGCAAGACGAAUUUGGAAGCACUGCUUCAAGGAGAAAAGGAAAGUAAGGAGAAUUUACAAGUCCAGUUAGACGCAGAAAAGGCUUCCGUCGAUGCAAUGCGCAAAGAGCUGCAUUCUUUGAAGGAGGAAAAAAUGCAAUUGCAGCAGCUCUCUGCCGACUACAUUGCAAACUACACCGACACUAGAACAGAAAUUAACGAGUUGAAGAUACAUGUUGCGAAGCUGGAAAAAGAAAAUAAAAAUGUGUUGAAAAAACUUGCCAUAUGCAACGAGCUCCGUGCUCAAGCGAUAGACGACGCCACCGACGCGAAUAACCAGCAAAACGAAAUUGAAAUUAACAAGAAUGGAACUGAAAAGUGCGGCAGAAUAGGUAGAGGCCUUGAUUUGACAAGAACGCCUUCCGGGGUUUACUAUUUCAAUCAUAAAACUGCUUUGCCUUGGGUGUCAGCGAACGACUUUUGCCGCUCCCGUGGACUCGACUUGGCAUCUGCCGAAACAGAAGAAGAGAUUUUGGAAGUGGGCAGAGUGCGCUCUCUCGGCUACCACAUUGCAUUUUGGACAGCAGCGUCUGACAGAGGCCAUCCGGCAGGUCAAUUCCACUGGCCCAGUGGCAGGAAGGUGGCGUCCUCCCUUUGGUUCCCGGGACAGCCAGAUCAGGCGUCGCAAGGCAGAGAGGAUUGCGCCUACGUGUACGGCUCAAAACUGAAAGAUUCACCGUGCUCAGCUUCGUUUUACUUCGCGUGUCAAGUGCCAAGAGAAUGCAUACCUCAUUUAAACUAAAAAAAGCUCAGUUGCCAUUUAACCAUUGUGUACAAUUAAUAACUUAUUAAAGUAUAUUUUCAUCAAAAUUAAAA